AUGUCUCGCUAUGAGGUGCGCGUAGCGGGUGACAGACCCCUCGCAAUCGGGGAUGAGCUCACAUUCUUCUACCCCAGCACAGAAUGGGAAAUGGUCCAGCCAUUCCAGUGCAACUGCGGUGCUCAAGGCCAGUGCCGGGGAUUAAUCUCUGGUGCGGCCAAUGAAGAACCAUAUAUCCUUCAUCAGUAUUGGUUAAACAAGCAUAUUCGUGAUCUUCUGCAGGAUCGAGAUCAACGCACGAACGAAGACAUUGCAUGGCCAUGCAAGUCAGAAAAUGCUGUUUCUACGGAGAAAUUCAACCAUAAUACCGAUGGUGUAGUUGAAGCAUAG